GGACUUAAAAGUAUAAAAGAACUAUGGAUAUUUUCAUCCUUUAAUAAGAAACGAUUCCAGGUAGGCAGAAUAGAUUAUCGAUGCUGGACUAUAUUAUAGGGAAAAGGGGACUUGUUGCAAAAGGAAAACGUGUGCAAGUAAUGAAAAUCCCAUACCUUAGAAUAGUAUCUGAAAGUUUUCAUAACUAACACAGACUUACAAGUAGAAGAGGACUAUGGAUAUUUUCAUCAUUUGAUAAGAAACGAUUCCAUGUAGGCAGAACGGAUAUAUAGAGAAAAGGGGACUAGUUGCAAAAGGAAAACGUGUGCAAGGAUGCAGGGACAAUUCUCAAAGUAAUUUAGGAUUAGCAAAGAGGGACCAAGCGAUCAUAUAAUGGCCACCGAAAAAGUCAAUUGUGAAGAGAUUAUAUCACAACUUGUUUUAGAGACAAUGUGUGAAAUUGUUGGGACCCCACAAAUCGUUGCUCAAAGAAGAGAAAUCAUGGAUAUAAAUGAAAGAUUUUAUUCAUUCACCAUAUAUGGCUUUAAAUGUUCACAAAUUCUAACUGGGAGCAGAGGAGAAGGAUUCCGAUUCGAGAAGUCUGAUGUGGAUUUAAUGGUAUUUCUCAAGGAUUUGAGAGUUAAUUGGGAUUGUAACAAGUUUUGUAAUACUACAGAACUUUAAGUUUUCGACAAUUCAGCAAGUCAACCAGGAUAUGGUCUUUUACAACUUUUGCCGACGCAGAAAGCAGAAUCUGAAAUCGACUUAUUUGUCAUGAUUAAAGGCAAGUUAUAUUUAUCAGGCUCGCCACGGUUUCGGAUACAUGGACCUUGUGCAUCAUUAAGUAAUGGAAUCAUGGACGCUGAUCUUGCGGUAUGUAUAUUAAGUGAUGAUUGGCCUCCGGUUGCAUCGCCAUUCGUAGGAAGAUGCAACAAGAAAGCGUGGCCAAAGCCUGAUCUUAUUCACGAUAUUGUUAAAUCCGGAUGCCAUGUAGUACCGAUAGGAAAAUGAAGAUGUUGAAUGGCGAAUAUCAUUCUCCGUUGCAGAAAGGAAACUGGUAAACGAUUUGACUUACUGUCAGUUCUUACUAUACGGAUUGUUAAAAUUGUUCUUGGACGAAGUUAUUAACAACUGUUAUGAAGAGGACAAAUUGCUGUGCUCAUAUCACAUAAAAACAGCAGUUUUCUGGACUCUCCAUAAUAACCACCUCCCUGAAUGCUGCCCACGAAAUUUACUCAACCAUUUCUGGGUCUGCUUGAAACUUUUGCUAGAGUGGGUUGAUGAGGGAAAUUGUCCAAAUUUUUUCAUCCCUGAAAAUAACAUGUUUCGUAACAAAAUCUACGGCCCUGCUCAACAAAAACUGUCACAAAAACUUCAUAAACUGUUUGAAGAUGGUCCUUUAUGUGUUUUGAAAUGUCCAUCCAUCACCAUAUACAUGUAUUUAUCAAGUAUUCUGACAAAUGAUAUGCCUAUCUCAAGAACAUAUACUGACCCCAUUUUAUCAGAAUUACUCAGUGAAGUAGAAGGAAUCAAUAUGCCUUUCACCUUGUUUGGAAAACUAGCGAAUUGGUUAGAACCUUUGACAAUCAUUGAAGAUAAUAUCGAUUCAAACGUGUCAGAAAUCGGAGCACUCGUAAUAAGAAGAUUAACAAUUUAUGUUCUUGAAAACAUUGCUUUUAUCUUAUUGUCUCUUAUUUCAGGCGACAACAGAUCUUUUUAUGUUGUAGACAAAAUUGCAUGCCAAGCAUUGAAGUUGUCAGCUAAAUUUGGCAAUGUUUCUGAUGUGUUAUUUAGUGCUAUGUACUAUUACAGGACAUCCCGUUUCAAGAAAGCAUUAUCUAUUCUAGAUUUAGCAAAAUGUUUGUUAACAAAGCCAUGUUUAAUGGAUUCCGGCAUUGACCGGUGUGCUGAGAAAAUAACUGGACAGUCGUUGUUUGCAGUUGCAGGAAGAAAUUCAACUUCUUUCUUAAAACUAUACAAUACAGUUAUUUAUAUGAAUGAAUUGGUGAAAGAGCAGGAACAUAGUCUAAAGUUUCCCUGCUCAACGUUGAUUAUACCCCCUUACGUUCUUCUACUCAUGCUAGAAUAUCUUUGUCAACGAUACUUUGAUAAAAAGAAAGCGCAGGCAGCUUUAGAUAAACUCUUUGUUGUUGUGCACUGCGAUAAGGGUAAGUAUAUAGUUGAAGAUCUUAAAGACAUAUCAUGGCAGAUUCUAGGAAUCUGUCAAGAGCUGUCAGGCAAUCUUCGCGGUGCUCUGUACGCGUACAGGAAAUCACUAGCAUGUGAUCAAACAUGGAACAAAAUAAGUUCGGCGUCAGAGGAAAGAAUUCAUUAUGUAGAAAACCUUCUUCAAAGAAACAAUGCUACAAUUUCUUAAAUGGAUAUAGGCGAAUUAUAAGGAAAUCAUAUCUAUAGUUGAACGAAUAUGAAACUGAUUUUAAAAAAUACCAACAUAUCUAUUUUUCUCUUAACGAGGCCGGGUCUAAUUAGUUCUGCCCUAGAUUUUUUAAUGAAAUUUUUUACCUGAAUUUCUAUUUAUAUAAUUAUCAUUUUAAGAUUAAAAAAUAAAACAUUUACCACACCGUUUGUUUAGGGGGUCAUCUCAAAGUUUGUUAAUCUUUAACAUAUGACCCUAUGGGAUUUCGCUUGAAAUGUAUCAAUUUUGCACAUUUUUUAAACUUCUGCCCUAGGGAUUUCUUUUUCUGUUCUACAUAUUAAAGUUAUUGCUAAAAGGCAUCAAAUGGUCAAAUAAAAAAAACCUUUAUAGUAUAAUUAAAGCAUUCAGACAUAUUUAAGUAAUAAAAAAAUAUAUAACAUCACAUAUUAAGGGUCAUUAAUAUAAAAUACAUGGUUACUGUCUUGAAAUAUAUGAAUUAAGCUAUAUUUAGGCGGGUUAAGAAAACGUGACAGAGGGUUAGGUCUGCUGAACCCUCUUCAGGUUUUCGACCCGAGCCCAAAUAGAGCUUAUAGUUCGAGACAGUUAUGUUUAUUCCACAAUAUAACAUUAAUUUUACGCAUUAAACGAGCCAUUUUCAACAAAUUUCGCUGAAUAUUUGCAGUUGAAACUAUCACGCCAUGGCGUCAACCAAGCAAAAAGAUGACGUCACAAUGCAAAUCAAACGCUGCGCGAAAGCGUGCGUACUCGUUCUGUACUCGGCCUCGUUAAAAUUCAGUUCUCAGCAAUGUAUAUUUAGCAUUAUACAGUUACAUGUAUACUAAUUUUUAACAUUGUACACUAUUAGUUCUUAGCUUAAAAAUAUUGCUAUAAACUGAGGUAAAUUUUCAAACCAUUUGUUUUACAAUUUUGAAUUAUUUUCUAGAGCUUGCUUUUGAUACAUGUUUUUGUUAAGGUCUAUAAUUUAAGUAUAUUAAAAAAAACAAUAAACAAAAAAACACUAAACGCUUGGAGUGAUGGUUCAUUACAUAAAAAUAAAAUACCAGUUUGUAAUAUCUGAACUAUUCUGGAAGGUAAUAAAAGAUCUUCCAAUCUUAGACAAGCAAUUAUGUUAAUACAUUUUGGAACGCAAUACCUUAAACUGCUCGUUUAAGAACAUUUUCUUCCCUUUCUAGAUCGUCUUAUUUUUUCUCUUGAAGAAUUUUGUAGAACUCUAUUGAAAUGUAAUUCAUACAAGAUAAAGACAUAUUUGUGUUUUGAAUAAAGAUUUGUUACGUUACAAUAUUAUUGACUGUACUCUAAGUUCCAGUGGUAGUUAGAAGAUAAUUACUAUUUCUUUUGGUUUUUUAGCAAAAUACACUGUUCCGAGAAAUGAUUUGUUUAAUGUCAUUUUUACAGAAGAUAAUUUUUACACUUUGUACAUUGACUUUCGUGUUUUGUUUUGGUGUUUUGGUCCUACAGAAAUUGAAAUUUUAAAUUUCAGUGUACAGUUUUAUUUAAAGAAAUUUGGUCGGUGUCGAGUUUAUCGAUUGUCUUUAAUUUUUUGAAUAUAUAUUGUAUAUAAAUCUAUUUGUCUGUGUAUCUACUACUCCAACUUCCUCUACUGUAAUGUAUGCAUUUAAUGUACAUGUAUACUGACCUUGAUACUAGGGGCUUUUAAAAUAUUGAACAUCACUUUGUGUUAUCAAUUAUAGGUAGAUGCGUUCUAAAUUUUUGUAACCUGGAAAUACUUUUAAAAUUAUAAUUUGAUUUGCCCACAUAUAGCUAUAUUGUUGAAAAUUUUGACGUUGUAUUAGUCUUCAAUAUGUAUAUCGACGGACUAACGACUAACAAAGCACAAACGCUCUAUAUAACUCUAUGUUUCCUAUCAAAAUUGAUAUUUUAAUUGUUAUUUCAUGCUCAUGUUUGAGUAUUGUGGCUUGAUUAUUGAAACCUUGAUUCAAAAAUAACCUUCUUUAGGUUUUGACGUUUUUUCUUCAAAAUGGAGUACACAUAUGCAAUAUUUUGCCAAAAAAUGACUAAAUUCAAAAGCUGGUAUAUUUCCCCCACAAAAUUAUCAGAAAUCAAAAUCCUAGCAAUCUGCACACCUCUGAUAUAUGUGCCAUUGAUCUGCAAAAGAACAAAUUCCUAUCCUGAAAACUGUAAGAGGAGUUAUCCGUACAAUGAGGGCACAAUUUUGG